AAACUGAUGAAGCGGAUUGCAGAAAUGUCCGAUCUUAAGCCUGUGCUUCGCAAAUUGCCACGAAUCAAGAAGUACCUCUUAAACAACGACAAUAUGCGGUGUUCAUUGAAUGCUACACCCCAGCAGAUGCCCACCGCUGCAAAAGAAAUAGAAAAAUUUAUAAAGAGUAUUGUCAGGAGUAAAAAAGAACGAAAACCCGUCCGUCCACAUGUGAUUGAGAAGCCAUUAGACCCCAAAUCAGCUGGCCCUGAGGCACUGACAUGCUCCCAGAUCCCAAGGAAGCUAAUUACGGUAAGCCUGGAUUAAUUAAUUUAGGCAAUA